AUGAAGCUUAUAGCAAUAUUAUGUGCUUGCAAAAAUUCUACUGAUAAGUAGGUAUAUAUACCAAUUAGAGAAUAUGAAGAUAGUUCAAUUAGUGUUUUUUAAAGAGGAAAAGUUAGAAAUUUAUUUAAAUUCAUUGUUAGUGAAUCUUUUGUGGGCAUUCAAAAGGGUACAAGGCACGAAGUAAGACAUGAAGAUUAUCAUAUUUAUAUUCUCUCUUCUUUAACUCAUGAUGUUGUUGCAUACGCAUUCACAUAAGGAGAAUAUCCUAGAAGAGUCAUAUACAAAGGCUUAGAAAAAGUUCUUGAUGGAUUUUUUUCUUAGCUAGCAAUUGGUUACUAAGGAAUAAAAUCAGAUGAAAAGAUAAAAAUACUUGCCAUAUAGUAAAUUCUCAAAGAUUAUUCAGAUCCUGCUAACGUAGAUUAGUUAACUAAAGUCCUGAAUAAAGUAAAUGAAAUAUAAGUUAUACUUCAUGAAGAUAUAUAAAAGUUGCUUGAAGCACAAGGCGAUUUGGGUAUUCUAGUAGAAAAAUCCAAGUAUCUUGAUAAUGCAGCAAAAUAAUUAUACAAAAAUUCUAAGAAAGUAGAUAAAAAUUGCUGCAGUAUCUUUUGA